AUGGAUAAACGAGGUAUCGAGCUUCGGAAUAUGAGCGUGGCGCAUACGUUCAAUGGCGCACCGUAUGAGGAUGUCGAGCGUAUGCGCAGCGGGACACAUUCUCACAAUAGCGAUGUGGAGAGGUUGGCAAGGAUGGGUAAAAAGCAGCUGCUUAAGCGUCGAUUCGGUUUCUUGUCAUUGUUUGGUUUCAGUUGCACUAUUCUAAUUACUUGGGAGACUGUACUGGCUGGAGGACCAUCGGGACUCGUGUAUGGCUUUAUUAUCGCCUGGCUGUGUACUUUGUCGGUUUAUACAGUGAUAUCGGAAUUGGCUUCGAUAGCCCCAAUCGCAGGUGGUCAAUAUUUCUGGGUAUCAAUGCUAGCCCCCGAAGGCUCGAAGCGAUUCUACAGUUAUAUCACCGGUUGGUUGACAACCAUUGCGUGGAUCGCAACUCUUGCCGUUGGGAGUGUGUUUACCGGCUCUAUGAUCCAGGGCAUGCUCAUUCUCCAAUAUCCCCAUUAUGUCCCACAGCCUUACCAGGCUACCCUCUUGACCUGGGUUUGCAUCGUGGUUUGUAUUUUCGUCAAUACUGUUGUCAGCAAAUGGCUACCUAAGAUUGAAGGCUUCAUUUUGAUCUUCCAUAUAUUGGGUUUUUUUGCUGUACUCAUUACGAUCCUUUAUACAGCACCGCAUGGAUCCGCAGAAAGCGUCUUCGCUACUUCUCUCAAUGAAGGUGGUUGGCCUACUCAGGGACUAUCUUAUUGUGUUGGUUUUAUCGGAAAUGUUGCUACUUUUGUUGGUGCUGAUGCUGCCGUACAUAUGUCCGAGGAGAUCGAGAAUGCUGCCUUGAACGUUCCACGCGCAAUAUUCACAACGAUGGUUCUUAACGGGGCCAUGGGACUUGCUAUGAUGAUAGCGGUCUUAUUUGUCAUCGGCGAUGCGGAGGAAGUUCUCAAAUCGGUGACUGGGUUCCCUUUCAUUCAAAUAUUUUACAAUAGCACUGGGUCCAAAGCAGGUACUAUUGUUAUGACUGCACUGGUCGCGGCUUUGGCAUGGGCGGGCACUAUCGGCUUCACAGCCACGUCGUCCCGGAUGCUGUGGUCGUUUGCACGAGAUCGUGGUGUUCCUUUCCACCAAGCUAUUUCCAAAGUAAGCUCUCUUCUCUUUGAUCAUAAGCGUAUCUUCAUAUUACAUCUGUUGACGCCGCCGAAACAGCUAGAGCCACGCACAUCGAUUCCCAUGGUCGCCGUUGGAGUAGUGACCGUCAUCCCCGCCCUCUUGGCCUUGAUCCACAUCGGCUCACCCAUUGUAUUCAACGACGUCGUCUCUCUCUCCGUAACAGGCUUCUACUCCUCGUAUCUCCUCCCCAGCGCAUUACUUCUCUGGCGACGGACGACCGGACAUAUCGCAGAGCCCAGCGAUCCAGACAGCGAGGAUAUUGCCGGCGAUGCGCCCGCAGGCUUUGAAGGAGAGAAGGUGCUCCAGAUGCAAUUGGUAUGGGGCCCGUGGCGCGUUCCGGGAAUGCUAGGAAUCGUCAACAAUGCUUUCGCAUGCUUCCUGGCCGCCUGCCACGCCCGUCACAGCUGCGACGAUGAAUUAUAG